GUCUCCCCGCCCCUGCCUUCUGAUUGGCCGGUGUCGUGGUAAGGCUCCUGAGGCGCCGGGGAGCCGGACACCACCGCACUUGCCUCGGAGCGCUCCGUUCUUCGUGCUCCUUCCUGGUCGCCUCCGCUCUGCUCGCCGCCGCCGCCGCCAUGGCCCAAGCUGACAUUGCACUGAUUGGACUGGCCGUCAUGGGCCAGAACUUGAUUUUGAACAUGAAUGACCAUGGAUUUGUGGUCUGUACUUUCAAUAGGACCGUCUCCAAGGUUGAUGACUUCUUGGCCAAUGAGGCCAAGGGAACCAAAGUGAUUGGUGCGAAGUCCUUGAAGGAGAUGGUCUCCACGCUGAAGAAGCCCCGCCGGGUCAUACUUCUUGUGAAGGCUGGGCAAGCUGUCGAUGACUUCAUCCAGAAACUGGUACCAUUGUUGGACACUGGUGAUAUCAUCAUUGAUGGAGGAAAUUCUGAGUACCGGGAUACGACAAGAAGAUGCAGGGACCUCAAGGCCAAGGGGAUCUUGUUUGUGGGGAGUGGAGUCAGUGGUGGUGAGGAAGGGGCUCGGUACGGCCCGUCACUCAUGCCAGGAGGGAACAAAGAGGCUUGGCCCCACAUCAAGACGAUCUUCCAAGCCAUCGCUGCAAAAGUGGGCACUGGAGAACCCUGCUGUGACUGGGUGGGAGACGAGGGUGCUGGGCACUAUGUGAAGAUGGUGCAUAACGGGAUCGAGUAUGGCGACAUGCAGCUGAUCUGCGAGGCUUACCACCUGAUGAAGGACGUUCUGGGCAUGCAGCACCAGGAGAUGGCCAAGGCAUUUGAGGAAUGGAACAAGACAGAGCUGGACUCGUUCCUGAUUGAGAUCACUGCUAAUAUCCUCAAGUUCCGGGACACUGAUGGCCAAGAGCUGUUACCGAAGAUCCGGGACAGCGCUGGGCAGAAGGGCACCGGGAAGUGGACCGCCGUCUCCGCGCUGGAGUAUGGCAUGCCCGUCACCCUCAUCGGAGAAGCUGUCUUUGCUCGGUGCUUGUCCUCUCUGAAAGAGGAGCGAGUUCAGGCCAGCAAAAUGCUGAAGGGUCCUCAGAAAGCCCAGCUGGCCAACAGUAAGGAGGCAUUCCUGGAGGACAUUCGAAAGGCCCUCUAUGCUUCCAAGAUCAUCUCCUACGCGCAAGGCUUUAUGCUGCUCAGACAGGCAGCCACUGAGUUUGGCUGGACCCUCAAUUAUGGUGCCAUUGCCCUCAUGUGGAGAGGGGGCUGCAUCAUCAGAAGCGUGUUCCUGGGAAAAAUUAAAGAUGCGUUUGAGCGAAACCCAGAACUUCAGAACCUGCUGCUCGAUGACUUCUUUAAGUCAGCAAUUGACAAUUGCCAGGACUCCUGGCGGCGGGUGGUCAGCACUGGGGUGCAAGCCGGCAUCCCCAUGCCUUGCUUCACCACUGCCCUCUCCUUCUAUGACGGGUACAGACAUGAGGUGCUGCCAGCCAACCUCAUCCAGGCUCAGCGGGAUUACUUUGGGGCUCACACCUAUGAACUCUUAGCCAAACCAGGAGAGUUUAUCCAUACCAACUGGACAGGCCACGGUGGCAGUGUGUCAUCCUCUUCAUACAACGCCUAGUAGGACUGUGGCUUCGCCCUCCCUCCCCCCAACAGGACAGUCCCCGUGGUACGAGGCACUCCUCUUUGUCCUAGUUCCUGCCCAGAUCUUUUAGCCAAGUGUCGGCUGUGAUUGCUGAAGAAGUUGCCAUGCGCCCCGCCUCAACCUUCUACACUGCCCAGGACCUUGUCUUGUGUGGCUCUGCGUGACCGCUCCCUGACUGAGCUGUGCCAUGUGGGUCAGACAGGCUGCAGCUCUUGGCACACAGAGGGCACGGGUGUGUGGGAUUGUACCACCUGGACCGUGGACCGUGCGUGUGGGCUCUGUUGUCCUCCACUCAGUGAAAGCGUAGAUAGUUGCACUCCUCUACACUGGCUUCUGGGCGCACCUGGACCUUCCAGCUGCCUUUCCAUUGGCAGGAAGGUCUGCACUGAGUUCACUAUAGGGAUUGAUUUGUUUCCCUUAGCCUUAUUCAUUUUGACUCUGGCUUAUCUUUUCUUUCUUUUUAAGAGCUCCAAACAACACAGGACACAUUAAAUUGUGGGUCAUGGAGGGAGUAGGUGGGCGGGGAAUCUCGUGUCAUUUCUUACUGGGCACAGCAGGUGCCUGGUUAUUCAUGUCACACCCACCUGAUCACACACUUGGAAUAAACUUUUUAGACUGGC